CCGCGCAAAAAACAACCGAGAUCGCAUUGAGACGAACGUAGUCCGUGACAUAUGUUUGUCAGACCUAAUGGGUUUAAUGGUGGCCCGGGAUGUACAUAAAAGGUGAACCACCGAACUUUUAUUCAGUGCGUCCAAGAUUACAAGAGAGAAGGAGCUGUUUAAAGACCAACAACUCACUAGAUUUAAGAUUAGGAAAACGUUUCAAUUUAAAAAAUAGAAUGUCUUGGAAAUGUUUUUCUGCUGUUUUGGUCGUUAUUGCGUGUUGUGGCGGAGUUAAAGGCCAAGAAAGUCUAAAUGAGGAGAGUAUGCCGCAGGAGAUUUAUAAAGACCUUCAGAACUCAAACAACUUACCAGGGUACGAAAGUGAAAGCAAGGGCGUUGUUAAUCACGUGACGAAUAUGCCCGAUGCUGAAAUUCUGCAGAAAAUCCUGUAUUUACUGGAAGAAGAACGCAUGCCAAGUGAGAACGAUCAACGCACAGGAACAGCUGCGGGAAAUGUCGCUACCAGGCAGCUUCAUGUGCCAAGCAUAUUGAAACGGUUCUCAAUGCCUUCGGUGAUAAAAAAGGGCAUGAUGGGCCCUUCCAUUAUUAAGCGAAUAGGUCCAGGACCUUCGUUCGGUGGGCAGCAAGAACAAAAAGUAGUGGAACCAACCACAAGAAACCACCGCAUGAUGCUCGGACCUGGAAUACUGAAGAGAUUCGGAAUGAUUCCGUCCAUCAUUAAAAAGAGGCGCUUCAUGGGCCCGUCCAUCAUAAAACGGGACGGAGCACAGGAACCGACCGACAACUCCUACAACUACUAAUGUUCACGUUCGUUUAAGUUUCAUAUUUCAAGUAGUUGGUGUCAUAAUUGGCGUAAUUGGUUUGUGGAUUUCUCAUCGUUGUCGGUUUUAAUAUAGAACCUGGUUUUGCCGAGA